AGACACGUCACCAGGGCUCGACUCUACACAAGUCACGUGGUCCGACCCCAUAGCAACUGAUAACUCGGGUGCGGAUCCGAUGAUAGACUGCGAACCGGCAAGUGGUAACCAGUUCAGCAUUGGUGACAAGCUCGUCACGUGUACAGCCUUAGAUGGUGCUGGGAACCAGGAAAAGUGCAGCUUCACGGUCACAGUUAUAGACAACGAAAAGCCUGUCUUCUCGUGGUGCCCGCCUUCACUUAGCAGAGACACGUCACCAGGGCUGGGCUCUACACAAGUCAUGUGGUCAGACCCCAUAGCAACCGAUAACUCGGGUGUGGAUCCGAUGAUAGACUGUGAACCAGCAAGUGGUAACCAGUUCAGCAUUGGUGACAAGCUCGUCACGUGCACGGCCAUAGAUGGUGCUGGGAACCAGGAACAGUGCAGCUUCACUGUUACCAUUAUAGACAACGAAAAACCAGUUUUCGCCUGGUGUCCGUCUUCGUUUAGCAAAGAAGCACCAUCAGGGAAGGACUCCUUGGUAAUCACGUGGUCAGACCCCAUGGCAACCGAUAACUCGGGUGUGAAUCCGACGAUAGACUGCCAACCGGCAAGUGGUAACCAGUUCAGCAUUGGUGACAAACUCGUCACAUGUACAGCGUCGGAUAGUGCCGGGAACCAGGAACAAUGUAGCUUCACAGUCACCAUAAUGGGUACAUAA